AUGCCUCAGGAAGCAGAUUUCUGCGGAGACCGCUUGCGCCUCUCCGCCUUUCUUCGCGUUGUGGGUGAUGGCAUGCCCCAGCGGCCAACGCGCUUCAGACGUCGCUUACGUGCAGUCGACAACGGCGUUGACACAUCGAUUUACCAUGGCACUGAUCGUGCUGACCACGAAGUUCCCCCGGCCGAGAGAGUCGCUCGUGAAGGACCCUCCAGUGAUGUAUCGAUCUUCGACAUUGCACGCUCACUGUCGCCAGACCAACCAACGCUAGCACCAACAGAUCUCUUGCCAGAAGUCCCAACCAACAGCGAAAGGCACGUUUUUGCAGCUCCUGUAGCCGCUGCCGAUCCGAUUGAAGACAGCCAGAUGUUGACAAUUGCGCCUUUCAGAUCUCCAUCUCGGCAACCAGUGGCCCACCGUGUACAGAAGCCAUCACCGGCGAGAGCUGCCAUCUCCGGUUCCCCAAUGUGGAUACUGCGUAGGCAACUUGGCCAUCCUCAUUCAACAAAAUUCGACGGUGCACGCAGCAGAACGCUUCCGCAAUCUAGCUUUGCCACAGGCUCAGAUGGGUUCGUUGGCGCAGAGCUCAGUAUACAGCACACAAAUAGACCUACCAAGGCACAAAUCAGCAACAAGACGCGGAUGAAAAAAACUGUACCUGAUCGUGGAGGGCUCGUCAUGAUAUGCGGUCACCUGCCAGCACCGCCUGUCGAGCAUCACGAGGGCGUUCUGGCUGUGGCAGAACAUCCUAUGCAUACUGGAGACCGCGCUCCGGUUCACCCGUCGACUCGCGUAGUGGAGAGAUGGCCUUUGUCGCAGCGCGCUAUAACAGAAAUUCGAAAGGCAUUGAGUGAGAGAAAUGCCAGAGAGCGCCGCAACUCCAGUCCAAGACAGCAGGAAGCUCUGGUGCGCGAUCAGCUUUCUAAUGUUACAGCGCCCAUCAGACGCGUUUCUGAGGGCUCGAGCUCGGCGCCUUCUGAUGAAGAAUGCAUCCCUAAUAAUGAACUUGACAGCGACAACGAUGACGACAACGCGCAUGAUGAUUCUCGAUCACCACAUACAUUUCCCUCAGGUCGCAUACGUAGCUCUAUCGCAGAUACAAAAUAUUUCGAAAGUGCAAUGCACAAUCUCGACGCGGCAGAGGGAUCUGGUAAUAUGAAUCUGGAGAUUCGGUCACAGUAUGCUGGAAUCGUACGAAGUGAUGGAUAUUGGUUUCCAGAAGGUGGUGCAACGGGAAUGGUGCAUUCCAUAUGAG